AUGAGCUUUGUUGAUGAGAAGGAAUCAAAAAUCAGCCAUGAUGCAACCAGAAAAGAUGCAGUUGAGUCUGUGAAGAAGUCGCCAGCAAACAUGGUUGCAAGGGCGAAGACUAGGAUGGACUGGACCAAGACCAUUGUGCAAGAAAAGGCUAAGAGAAUGACUACACAUGAUACAGUGCAAAAGCAAGUUGCCACUCAAGUGAAGGAAGAGAUGAAGAACCAAGGUGGAAUGAAUAAACAUGUGGCAUGGGAGCACAAUUCAACAGCAACAGCAAGACAUUAUAUUUUCUCCAAGGAAGCUGCGGGUCAGAUCUAA